GAGAGGGAAGCGGCAGUGGCAGCGCUGCAUCAUCACUACUGCCACUACAACAGAGGAGAAGCAGUUUACAGGCUGCCUCCCUGAUCUUUCUCUCUCUCUCUCUUUCGCUCUCUCUCUCCUUGUCUCCUUCUAAUACACACACACACGCACACACACUCUCUCGCUCUACACACUUCCUCACACUGGAAGUAAGCCGGCCGCCUCUGAGCCUCACAAGAAGCAGUGAGGAGAUCCUGGUGACAUUAUCCAUCACUUCUGGAUGUUCGCCUGCCUGCGCUCGUCUGUCUUCAGGACUCUUCCUGCUUGAGACAUUGUGUGUGUGUGUGUGUGUGUGUGUGUGUGUGUGUCUGUGCGUAUGUGUGUGUUCAUCUCCUGUCAGUGGACCGUGGAGGAGGCUGCCACUUCCAGAUCUGAUGCUCCUUGUUUCGACUCUCUUGCUUUUGUUUGCUGAGACAGCCGUCACUGUCAGCAUGGAGGAGUGUUAACAUCGGAGCUGCCGGGAAUUUCGGCAUUGUUUUUCCCUCCCUUUUCCUUUGCUGGCACUCAAAGAGCAGAAGUGGAUGCCUGGAUUUUUCGGUGGCUGCGUGCCGAAGCAGAGUGCUUACCUCAGGAUUUGUAGUCGAGGGGGGGAUAUGAUAAACAGCUGCGAGGGGAGGACGGUUUGCACUGCAGCAUCAGACUGGCAUCUCUUGUUCUACGUUGGGGAUUUUUUUGCCUCUAGAGGUUGCACACAUGCACAUAUUUCACACCCAGCAGCACCAGCACCAGCACCACCAGCAGCAGCAGCAGCAGCAGCAGAAGAGCCUGGCUGUGUGUUGCAUACACCAAUGGAUUACUGCUACUUUAAGAACAGACUCCCUGCCUGCUGAGGGAGAAAAGAUGCUGAUUUAAGAAAAACAGGAGGCGCACUUUGUUUUUGGAGCAGAAGACAGGACGAGCAACUUCAAGAUUUAAAAAAGAGACUAGGGUGACGGGUGACGGCUGCUUUCAACUGAAACUGCCCCCCUCCUUCUCCCUCUCCCCAGUCCAAACAUGAACUCUUCCUCCGAUGUGAACCAAAGCGGUUCUCCCCCGUUCUGCCUGCUGGGUGCGGUGGGUUACUCCCAUAGCCUGGAUACCUGUGUGCUGGAGGUAGUUGUCAUCCUCUUCCUCACCGUGCUAAUCAUCGCUGGAAACCUGGUGGUGAUCUUUGUCUUCCACUGCGCCCCACUGCUGCACCACCACACCACCAGCCACUUCAUCCAGACUAUGGCCUACGCUGAUCUGCUGGUUGGCGUCAGCUGCUUGGUGCCCUCGCUGUCCCUCCUCCACUAUCUCCGGGGCCUGAAUGAAGAGCUCACCUGCAAGGCGUUUGGCUACAUGGUUUCUGUGCUGAAGAGCGUCUCUAUGGCCUCUCUGGCGUGCAUCAGCGUAGACCGCUACAUCGCCAUCACCCGUCCAUUAUCGUAUGCCACGCUGGUAACGCCAUGCCGGUUGAGGGUGUGCAUCGUUCUCAUCUGGGUUUACUCUGCGUUGAUCUUUCUGCCAUCCUUCUUCGGUUGGGGAAAGCCAGGUUACCAUGGGGACAUAUUUCAAUGGUGCGCAGACUCCUGGAAGACCAGUCCGGGUUUCAGCACCUUCAUUGUGGGGCUGCUCUAUGCACCAGCAGCACUUACUGUCUGCUUCACCUAUGGGAGUAUAUUCAGGAUCUGUCGGCAGCACACGAGAGAGAUAACCCAGCGCCACGCCCGCUUCAGCUCACAAACGGAGGGUGACAAAGGCGAGCGGGGGGAACGGUGUGAGGGCUGCCCGGACAAGCGCUACGCCAUGGUUCUGUUUCGCAUUACCAGUGUCUUCUAUGUGCUGUGGAUGCCAUACAUCCUCUACUUCCUACUGGAGAGCGCUGGGCUGUAUCACCACAAGGUGGCAUCUUUCCUCACAACAUGGUUGGCAAUUAGCAACAGCUUCUGUAACUGUCUCAUCUACAGCCUGUCCAACAGCGUCUUCCGGAAAGGUCUAGGUCGCCUCUUUAGCCCGUUGUUUCCUUCCUGCCUCGGCUGCACAGAUGCCAAAAAGGCUCCAGCUGUAGUUACCCCACGACCAGACGCUCGAUGUCAAGUAUGAGUCCCAACGACGAUGGAUUCGGCUUGGUCACUUUGGCGGCAUCGGCCCUCUGUGUAUGCUUUGCUCUCAGCUGCUUAGCAUGACACAGGUCUUUUUGGUCCCGCAGUGAAAUGUGUUGAGGACCUUCUGCACGGAGCACAGAGAGGUGCCCAUGCAAACGCCUGUCGGUCGUCUCAACGGCUGAUUUUGUGGAAAAGGAGGCUGUGAAAUUCCUUCUGGGUCUUUCUCAAAUGCUCUUCAGUGUGAUGCUGCUCUUUCAAGGAUCACAAGCCGGCGACAAGGAGUAAAGAAGUUUGAUAUCGAUGAGGAAAGUGGACUGUAGAAAUAAGAUGUGUGUGUGAGUUCAGAGGAUUUAAUAAGCACUCCUGCCUGCUCAGACUUAAGAAAUCCCAGAUGCAAAAAAAGGAGAGCACGACACGACUUGUGUUGUGUUAUCCAGCAAAAAUGCAAAUAAUAUUUUAAAUCUUUGAAGCCUGACUGAAAUUGUCUUGGUUCUUUCAGGGUAGAAAUAGAUAAUGCAAACAAUGUUUAAAACACUUGAAACAGACUACUGUAAGUGUUUUCCUGGUGUAACUCCCAAUGCUAACAAGUGAAUAUGUGGAGAAUAAUAGACCAAGAAAUCAUUUGAUAAUCAGCCUGUGAGUUAGAAAUGUGUAUUGGAUGGACUUUAAUCUUAUUUCCCAGAGAGAAGAUUAAGGUCUAUGAAAGAGCUUGUGUGUGUUUUCUACUCUAAUGAAGUUAGGUGUCAGUGGGAAGCUCCAAGCAUGUUUACACAUGAAAAUAUUAAAUUAAAAAUGAGCUUUACUUUCUAAGAUGGCUGCAGUUUUCCUGCCAGCAGACAGUGGCGUGCCCUCAUCCAAGAGACAGUAAAUUGUAUUUAUUUGGAGAGUUUUAUUCUCUGUUUGCGAUUCCUCCUCAGGUUGAUCAGCAGUUCUUUGUUAAGCUUCUGGGCCGUUUGCCUUUCAGCUGAAACAUGACUCUUAAAUCACAAGCCACGUAGCGUCGUAAGAUAAUCACCUCCUGACUUGUCGGUGUCAGCAUGGAUCAUGGAUUUGUUGUCUGACAGGAUCCAUGCUUCAUUGUAAUCUUGAAGUAAUCUUUAACUUAUUGCUUGUGUCUCUCUCUCUUUAGACCCGCAGCAGCUGAUAGCUGUUAGAUCAGCGUAAGGUGGAGGAGAAGUGGUAACGCUGUGUGAGAGGGUCAGCACACUUUUUCUGAGAGCCAGUGACAGCUUGUGGCUUUUUUGCUUCAUGUAAAUACACUUCAGAGUUUAAAUAUUUAAACAGCGGCUAACUGGGCCCUUUGGGGGAUUUUUGUCAGCCCCUGAUGUGUAGUAGCCCUUCUGGAUUACAAGUGAUUUUGGGGAUAAAAUGUUGUUUUAUAAGAUAACUUAUUUGUCACAGCCAAGUGGUUUGACAUGCUGCACUUGACACUGAACCUGUUUUUUUUUUACAGUGUUGAGAAGAAGGGGAAGUGUUUCUUUAUAUACUGCAGGAAGAUUUAAGACCAUUAAGAUUUCAGAUGUCGAGUUUGGUUUUAAAGUCACAAUGAAAUGGCAUUUCUGAGAGCGUCUUGCUCCUGAAUUUGGCAAAUUUACGAUUGAAAAAAGAAAGUACAGGAAGAUUGUUCUGGGAAAACACUUUAUACGGUCAAAACUAGACCACGUACUUUUGUGUCCUUUUUUCUGAGGCAGUUUUAAUGGUUUGGUCUAGACUCCUUACAUCCAGUAAAGGGACAUUUUAAAGCAACAGCUACAAUGGUAUCUAAAAAACAUUAUUACAUGUAUGUGUGAAAACAGCAUGCAGUAAACUAUAAACUAAAGUAAAUGGAAGUAAAAACCAAAGCACAGUUGCUGAACUCUGUAAUUUAUCAUUUAUUGAUUUAGGUUCAGUUUAAAAAAAGCUGUAAACAUAUGGCACAUCUCAUCUAUCUGUUAUAGUUUCCUUUGUGACAGCACAGGGUAUAAACAUUAAUGUUGUCCGACUCAGCUCAAGCCUCUUGAGUUUAUAAGUAAAUGCAUGCCUUCUUGCAGCUGUAGAAAAUAAAAAUGGUCUAAAAAUGAAACUGCUCACAGCAAAUUCAGUGGAUUAUCUUGAGCGGUCAUGAUGAUGAUCAGCGGGUCAUGAUGUCUGAAAAGAGACAUUGCUGUUGAGUUUUGUUGCACCACAAGCAAAGUGCCAUCUAGGUCGAUUACAGCAUUUCUGGUAGAGGGGAAAUAUGUAAAAUAAGGAUGAUGUUUAUUAUAUAACCGAUGAUAUGUAAUAAGUCUUGACUGAAUGUCUUUGGCAUUUAGACUCUACAGGGAGAUUUGUGAUCGGGGGGGCGUCUGCCCUAUGCAGCAGCAACAUAAAUCCCCCCAUGGAAUCCAGACACUGGUGGUGGUGGUUGAUGACUGCUGAGACUGAUGGGGCUGAUGAAAUAACAAAUCUGCUAAGACUUGCCAUGAUAGGGAGUUGGAGUGGUGCGUACACAGCAGCAUGAGGCAGAGAGAGAGAACCAAAUUUAUAAAGACUGCAGCCAUAUGACGGGCUAACAAUAAAAGUGUGUUGCUGAGCUUUCGGCAAAAUGUGACACCCUGAUGAGAACAACUUAGAUAACAACUGACCGCCUCAGGUAAUGACAGCAAAGAAAUUAUGAGUGAGCAUGCCUGAGGAGUGCAUGACAGGAUGAAUGAAACAUUUAUUAAAGGCCUAAGCAUGCAAAAGAGUAGUCUUCCUAUCUGAACUUUCACUAGAGCUUCAUGUUUUAUUUUUGUGAUGAACUGCGAUUUCUGUUGGUCAUUCAGUGUAUUAAAUAUAAUUUAAAAUGUAUUCCACGACA